GGUAUUAAGUACCAAUCCAGCGAACAUCCAUCAAUCAGCGGCCUUUAAUCUGUUUGAAUCCCUUCGAGACGUACAAAAAUGAAGUUCCUUGCCCUGAGUCUCGCCCUGAUCGCCGUGAUCUCCUGCUCUCUGGCCAUACCUGUGGAUUUCGAAAAUGGAGAACCACUGACACUCUUGGAAUUGGAGGCGGAACAGGAGCCACAAGUUGAUGAACUGGAGGGCGAGAGAGUGGUUCGAGGACUGGGAGGACUUGGAGGACUUGGCGGCAAGUUCGGCGGCUUUGGAGGACUCGGCGGCUUGAAGGGAGGAUUCGGUGGUCUUGGUCACGGCUUUGGCGGUGGUUUUGGAGGACACGGUUUCGGCGGCGGCUUCGGUGGACUUGGCAGCUUCAAGAGCCUAUUCGGCAAGAAGUUCCGCUAAAGCAACAGCACUCACCCAAAAUAUAGUCUAAGAGUUUCGUAAUAAAGCUUAGUUAAGUAACAUU